GCAGAGUGCGUUCCGCCUAUCAUCUCCGUACCUCCCUCCAGCAAGCGGAUUGCCUGUGCCACUGACGACAGCCAGUCGCACAGCGUUGUGAGCGCGCGGCUGUGGAGAGACGGCGUCAAGGAGCGAGAACUGUGCGCCUGCAUUGGCGGCUGCGCGUGGGAGUUGUUCUCUCUCUACCUGCCAUUUGCAUUCCUCCUUUAAUCUAGACACUCAUCCUCGGACGAGUUCGGGCGCACAGGGAGUCCCAUUAGCGAGGGAGGGGACGCGCUGUACGCGUGUGUGUGCGUCUAUGUGUGCGUGUGUGUGUGUGGGAUGCCUGUUUUAACUACAGCUGGCAUCUUAGAACCGCGGUAGGCUACUGCCGUUGUGGAGAAACUCACUGGAAAUCUGAAAGAAACGACUGGCUGUUGUCUUUUCUCCCCCCCUCCUCCUCCUCCUCCUCCUCCUCCUCGCUUUUUGAAAGCUGUCUCUCAAGGCGAUGGACUUGAGAUAGUGCGUCUCAAUUUGAGUGUUGGUGGCUGGGAGUUGCCGUCGGGGAGAAAUGCGAAAGGAUGCUCGGAAGCAGUGAAGGCUACAGCAGGUAACCGAUAAGAUGGCGGCCGGGGAAGCGACUGGGCACAGCUACCUGGUGGCUUGCUGGCAGCCCAUUCUGAUCCUGAUGCUAGGCACUGUGCUGUCUGGCUCCACCACAGGCUGUCCAUCCCGCUGUGAGUGUAAUGUUCAAGAGCGCUCUGUGAUGUGCCACCGCAAGAAGCUCAUGACAGUUCCUGAGGGCAUUCCUGCAGAAACAAGACUGUUGGACCUCAGCAAGAACCGCAUUAGAACCAUCAACCCAGACGAGUUUGCCAACUUUCCGAACCUCGAACACCUGGAGCUCAGUGAAAACACGAUCUCCACUAUUGAACCUGGAGCGUUCAACAACCUUUAUGGCUUGCGGACAUUGGGGCUGCGUAGCAACAAGCUUAAGCUGAUACAGCUCGGUGUCUUCACAGGCCUGAGCAAUCUCACACAGCUGGACAUAAGUGAGAACAAGAUUGUCAUCCUGUUGGACUACAUGUUCCAGGAUUUGUACAACCUCCGGUCUUUAGAGGUGGGUGAUAACGACCUGGUUUUCAUCUCCCACCGGGCUUUUCAUGGCCUAAGUAGCCUUGAGCACCUGAGUCUUGAGAAGUGUAACUUGUCCUCUGUGCCAACAGAGGCUUUUACCCAUCUUCACAGUUUGAUCACUCUCAGGCUGCGUCACCUCAAUAUCAAUGUCAUACGGGAUUACUCCUUUAAACGGCUCUAUCGGCUGAAAGUGUUGGAAAUAGCCAAUUGGCCAUAUUUGGAUACGAUGACCCCAAAUUGCUUGUAUGGAUUAAAUCUCACCUCCCUGACCAUUGCAAAUGCCAACCUGACCACAAUUCCUUAUGUAGCCCUGCGGCACUUGGUUUAUUUGCGCUUUCUUAAUCUUUCAUAUAACCCUAUCCAUACCAUUGAGGGGAAUAAGCUCCAUGAUCUUCUGCGUCUCCAGGAAUUUCACCUGGUAGGAGGCAGACUGGCAAUGAUUGAGCCCUACUCUUUCCGUGGUCUAAACUACCUGAAGAUUCUAAAUGUGUCUGGAAACUCUCUUAGCACUUUAGAGGAGUCUGCCUUCCAUUCAGUUGGCAACCUGGAAACCCUUGCCUUGUAUGAUAAUCCCCUGGCCUGUGACUGCCGACUGUUAUGGGUUUUCCGACGACGCUGGAGACUGAACUUCAACAGGCAGCAGCCUACCUGUGCCUCCCCUGAGUUUGUCCAAGGCAAAGAAUUCAAAGACUUUCCGGAUGUUCUGCAGCCUAACUACUUCACGUGUCGUAAAUCUAGGAUUAGGGAUCGUAAACCCCAGCAGAAAUUUGUUGACGAGGGAGCCAUUGUUCAUUUUGCUUGCCAGGCAGAUGGAGAUCCUGCUCCAGUGAUAAUGUGGCUAUCCCCACAGAAAAAGUUUAUCACCACCAAGACAAUUGGAAGGCUCUCAGUGUUGCCAGACGGUAACCUUGAGGUGCGCUAUGCCCAGAUUCAAGACAAUGGUACAUAUGUGUGUAUAGCUAGCAAUGCAGGCGGAAAUGACACCUCUCUUGCUCACCUGCACAUUCAUAGCUACUCGCCUGACUGGCCACACCAGCCCAACAAGACUUUUGCGUUCAUCUCCAACCAGCCCACAGAAACUGGUGCUAAUGGUACAAGAGCCAAUGUUCCUUUCCCCUUUGAUAUAAAGACAUUGAUCAUUGCGACCACAAUGGGCUUCAUCUCUUUUCUCGGCGUUGUCUUGUUUUGCCUGGUACUGCUCUUCCUUUGGAGCAGAGGUAAAGGCAACACUAAGCACAACAUUGAGAUUGAGUAUGUGCCACGGAAAUCGGAUGCUGGCAUGAGCAGCAGCACAGUGGAUGCUCCUCGCAAGUUUAACAUGAAAAUGAUUUAACAGAACUGUGGAAUUUAUUAAUUUUGAACUCGAAAAUAAUACAAAUGGAAAAGAAGACAUUUUCUUUCCUUGCUUACAAACCUGUGGAUCCUGGUCUGUUAACAUAGAGUAAUAUGUUUUUUCCUGACUGAAGCACUAGAGAGGAGGGCAGAUCCUGACUUUAACAAGUGAGAGAGAAUGAAAGCACACCCAGUGCUAUGGGGCAUUAGUGGUUUCUACAAGGCCUGUGGGGGCAUUAAUUGAAAGUCAGAUUUGUCAUAAGCAGUUCAUAUUCCUGUGGAUUUAUACUGGAAAAAAUAUAUCAGAAAAGAAAAACACUUCAAACAGCCAGAAUGUGAGGGACAGAUCACAUUUUGGCCAUUGCUGUUUUUGUCUGUAUUUUUUAUUUAGUGUUUUUUUAUUUUAUUUUAAGGUUAGAUGUCAAGUUAUGAAUGAGAUGUGUAUGGGUUGAAGAGCACAUUUAUACAACGUUGAUGCAUUUCACGUACAUCAUCAUUCCAAUACAUCAGUGUUACAAUUGUGAAUGCUAUGUGCUACAUAUGGUCUUUUUUCUUUCUUACAGUGAUGAUUGUUCUGUAAUCCAUCAAAUGUAUAUCUGUGUCACAAUACCUGAUAUAAAUUGUUGAAAGAGUAUUCCCCAGCAAUUAGCAGAAAUACGUAACAUAGUAUGGCACAAUACAAAACUGUUAGUGAUGUACUAUAUAAAACAUAAUUUGAAUGUCACAACAGCAUAGCCACCUUCUUAACCAAGUAAGUACAAUGAAUGGUACUGUAAAACAGUUUACAUUGGUCAUUAUGUGACCUGAAAAACUGAAUGAUACUCAAAAAUAAGUGCUCUGAAAAUGUGUAGAUUCAGAGAUAUAGGGAUGCAUCAGUGCAAUUUUUGCUAUGGAAAACAAUUAGUAAAAUAAAAAUAAAAAUCAGCCAAAAGGUAUGUAAGAAUAAUUUUUAGAAAGACAACUAUAACAAUAUUUAGAUUUGAAAAGUAGCAGAAAAUUGCAUUUCAAAAACUGUUAUAUUGUAUUAUUUUGUGCUCAACAUGAUUGUGAGGAAUAAAAGUUGUGGUGCUCACGUUUUUGGAUACAAUGUGCUCCUCUAGCUGUAGAAUAUUUCUUUCAUUGUUAGUUAUUUUUCUGGAUUGUUUUAUAAAUUCAACGACUUAUUAAUGCCGAUGUUCCCCCCCCAUUAAAGCCAUGGAAAUAUUACCUUCCAGGAUCAUUUACAGGUUUGCUAUUCCCCAGAAAUGUGCAAUGUUUGUCAGGGGAAAAAGAACUGUGCAUAUUAUGCUCCCAGUUGGUCCUGCAUAUAAAAUCUGAGGUUACAGCCUUACCUUUUCAAGUACACACUGUGGACAGCUGGGCUUGCAAACGUGUGAGAAUAAAGGCUAAGUUAUUUAUGAUGGAUGACAUUACAGACAACGACACAGUAAUGGGCUGGAAGUAUGGACAGAAUAUGCAGAUGGUUGGAGUGACACAGAUGGUUUCACCCAUGGAGCAAUCUGAAGCAGCUUUGGUGUAAUCCGUUUUGCAUAAAGGAAAAAAAAACUGGAUAUGGCUCAUGGUUCUCCCUCUUGCUGAUUAUGAAUGCUCUCUUCGUUCAAAGUGUGGCUACUGUACCUAGCCUUUCUUUAGGUCCCGAGUGAUCCCGGGAUUCUGUUUUUUGUUUCUGUUAUUCCUUUUUUUUUUUGACCCUGGACUAUAUUGACCAUGUAGUCCAAGCCAACUUUUUACAAAAAAGAUACUAAAAAAUAAAUCUAUGGAAAAUACAUUCAAAUUGUUUCUGUGCAAUAAAGGUAAUAUGCAGAUUUUUUUUUUUUUAAUUAACAAAAUUUUGUUGAUGUUGAAUUGUUGAUAAUAUGGUAUGUUGUAUUAAACAAUCUAUGGACUUUUUUAAACA